UGACCUAAAAGUAUAUCUGAUUAAAAAAAAUACUUGUUGGCUUGUGGUUAAUUAGAUUCUGUUGAUGUCAGUGAGUAAAUGCAUUAAUUAUUUGAUUAGCUUCAUCGCAAAAACUACACGUGAUAGAGAAAAAACACAUCUGAAUUCAGCGCAACAAACUCUAUAAGAACGACCUAUUAUAUGUGAUGAAAAAUACUUGAUGGUUUGUGUUACACAAAUAUGAUGCAAAAUGUGUGGACUUUAAAGUAGUCCACUGUAAUGUACUUUUCGUCAAAUUUUAAAAAGUUGACGUGAUGGAAAUUAAAUAAAGACAUUUAAAGAUUUAUUUAUUUAUUUAUUUACAGUAUUUAUAUUCCGCCCUUCUCAUCCCGAAGGGGACUCAGGGCGGAUUACAAUGAACACAUAUAUGGCAAACAUUCAAUGCCAACAGACAAACAACAUACAUUAGACAAACUCAGAGGCAUUUUUAACAUUUUUCCAGCUUCACGAUUCCGGCCACAGGGGGAGCUGUUGCUUCACCGUCCAGUAGUGGCUGUACUUCCGCAUUCCUUUCCUCGUGUUUUGCUGGCAGUUUUAUGGUGUUGUAAAUUAGCCUCCCACAUAAAGCGUCCCUAAAUUUCCCUAAUUGACAGGUGCAACUGUCUUUCGGGGCUGCAUAGGUCAACAGCAAGCCGGGGCUAUUAAUGGUCGGAGGCUUAACCCGACCCGGGCUUCGAACUCAUGACCUCUCGGUCAGUAGUGAUUUAUAGCAGCUGGUUACUAGCCAGCUGUGUUAAACUGUGUUACUCCCAUUUCUGAUGAUUACAAAAAGUUUGAUUUUGCUGGCUUGUGUAAUCUGAAGGUAACUGCCAUUUUAUAGCAGAGUUUGAAUAAGGCUCAGGAUAUAAUUAUGGUGAUGAAAUUUAAGUACAAGAAACAGAUUAGGCAGUGCCAGAGAGCCGAUUGAUUUAAAACAAUUUUAAAAGCUAUGUUAGAUCAUAUAACCAGCUCAGAUGUACAAUUUAACAAGAGAAUUGAAGCAAUACAUAAGCAAAACUUUGAAGAAACUUCCAAGAGUUUUUCCAAGAUGAAAUCAUUUCUCCUCAAGAGACAUAUGUGAGAAAAAGCGACUGCUUCACCCCGCAGCUUCCUAGCCGGGCCUGUGCCCAUGGGUUCCCCUUUACCCUUUGUAGAAGCCAUAAUAAAACAGCAAUGAAAAGCAAGAAGAAGAAUAAGGAAUACAUGCCUCAUAUUAUGGCAUGUAAGAAAUCAGCUAAUGUGUCUGUGUCAACUGCAAAAUAGGGUGCAUAAAGCUCAUUGGUUGAGCCAUGUCUGGAGAGCUGGCAAAGCCUGGGAGUUUUUGAUACUGUUGCAUUUUUGUUCAGGCUUGAGUUAUGCAGGUGCAGAGAGAGAUUUUGAAAAGAGAAGCAGAGAGACACAGAUUUUGAAGUGUGCUCUCCUUCCGUGAACUGCUGAAGGAAUUUAUCCAUAUGGACAAGGAAAGACUAUAUUAGAUCUCUCAUGAAAGGACAUUAUAUGAGUUGGUGACACUGAUCACAUUAGCAGAGAGCUGUUUGUGCUCACCUAUGGGGCUUUGGUGGCUCAGCUGUGCAAGGAUUAUGAACAUGAUGAAGAUGUGAACAAAUCUUUGGAAACCAUGGGACAUAGUAUUGGUAUCAGGUUGGUUGAAGACUUUUUGGCCCGCUCUGCAGUGAAGAAAUGCCGGAGUUAUUCUGAGACGAUAGAAAUAAUUGCACAGGUUGCGUUUAAGAUGUAUUUGGGAAUUACCCCUACUGUGACUUGCAAUAGCCCAGCAAGAAAUGAAUUUUCUCUCAUUCUGGAGAAGAAUCCCUUGAUGGACUUUGUGGAGGAACUGCCAGCAGGAAGAUCUUCACUUUGCUAUUGCAGUCUCCUGUGUGGUGCCAUUAGAGGGGCUCUGGAAAUGAUACACCUAGAUGCUGAAGUUACUUUCAUUCAAGACGCUUUGAAAGGGGAUGAUGUGACAGAAAUUGGAAUUACGUUCUUAAAGAAGACUGAAAGCAAGAAGCACAAAAGAAAUAAGUGAAACCAGUAACUGAAAUUCCUGUAGAUCAGGGGUCCCCAACAAAGGCUGGUGGGCCGGAUGCGGCCCUCCAAGGUCAUUUACCUGGCCCUCACCCUCAGUUUCAGAUUUAGGCUCACCCAAAGUCUGAAAUGACUUGAAGGCACACAACAACAAUCCUAAUUAACUUGACUAUCUCAUUGUCCAGAAGCAAGCCCAUGCUUCUCAUUGAAAUCCUAAUAGGUUAUGUUGGUUAAAAUUGUUUUUAUUUUUAAAUAUUGCAUUGUUCUUUCGUUGUUGUUGAUUUUUUUUUUUUGCACUACAAAUAAGACAGUGCAGUGUGCAUAGGAAUUUGUUCUUUUUUUUUCAAAUGAUAAUUCGGCCCCUCAACAGUCUGAAGGGUUGUGGACCAGCCGUGUGCAUUAAAAGUUUGAGGACCCCUGCUGUAGAUAGAUACCUGCCAUGUUCAUCCUCAAUAUUUUCUUUGCAUCUUCCUGAUUCAGAAGAGAGAAUCCACAAAGAAAUAGAUCGUGGAAAGGCCUCCUUUUGUAUCAGGCCCUGCAUGCCAAAUGUUUGUUUUGGGGAGGGUGGGAUACAAAAUGAUCCUCCUUGAAUAGCCAGCAGCAGUUGAGUUCCAGGUAUAGUGCCAUCCCUGUAUCCAUGGGGGAUAUGACCCAGGAUACAUGAAAAUAUGGGAUAUGGGUAAUAGUGACCUCUGUUGAACAAAUGUCUUCAGCCAAAAGCAUAUCAUAGAGGUGUGCUGGAGGACCUAGAAAUGUCUAGAGAUGACACAUUUUGUCAGAUGCAGGUAAAUUAAAUUAUAGGUUCCAGUCCUGCAGAUAAGAUGAUUGUAUUGUACUGCCAGGCAUUCCUGCUCCUCAGGAAUUUCCUGUAUGUUUAUGUCAUGUUCAGCUGUACAUGCUCUAACCAGGUAGAGUUAGAUGGAUGGCUAUGAAGAACAAGGCUUUCUUAUUAGUGGAGUGACUGGAGUGAAUUGGGAAUUAACGAGUGAACAGAGAAUUGAUGGGGGCUCUGCAUGAUAUGGCCGUAUUGACGGGACCUCUGUGGUGGUUCACAUAACCAUUGCUUGUUAUGUCUGAGUCAGGGAAAUGUGGGCUAAUACUAUAGCAAUUUAUCAUAGUGCUCUAUAAAGCAAGACAGAAUCUAGACAAGUGGAGAACAAUGAAUCCAUGUGCAGGAGAGCAAGGAGGGGAUGAUGAAGAACUCUGUGAUACUUUCCCUGUCUCCAACAAAAAAGUGACAUGUGAAUUGGGCUUCUAUAUGAAUAUCUGUAAUUGUAAAAUACAUUGGCACACAUAUUUUACAAUUUUCUGAUCACUGAUGUUGAAAGCAAAAUAAAAGAAUAUUGUGCUUUAAAUAA